AUGAAGAGAGCAGGACUGAAAUGCAAGCCAUCGAAGUGUGAGAUUCUCAAGGACUCGAUUAAAUACCUGGGGAGAAUGGUGGACAAACAUGGCAUUAGACUUAGACCAGAUCCAGACGCGGUAGAGGCAGUGUUGACUUGGAAAUCACCGAAAACAGAACACCAGUUGAUGAGCUUCUUGGGUUUCGCAAACUACUACAGGGAGUUCAUCAAGGGCUAUGCGGAUAAAGUAUAUCCAAUACAACAACUCUUGAGGCACAAGGGAAAGAAAUUCACGUGGAACAACGCGGCUGAAGUGUCAUUUCAGAGAAUAGAGAAAGAACUUUGUGAAGCACCUGUGCUAGGCAUGCCGACAGAGAAUAGAGAAAGAAAUGCGUGA